GGAGAAGGAUCUGGUCCAUGCUAAUGUGGGGAUGAGGGUAUGCUUGUGUUUUCCUGAAGGUGCAGAACAGCCACUUUGGGUACCUUUGAGGCUUGGAAAGGUCCUUGGAGCCAAUGAAGAGCCUGUCUCCAGGGGAUGGCUACACCCUUUCAGCACUGCCACCCAGAGAACUGCUGGGGAAGACUGCAGUUCUGAGGACCCUCCUGAUGGACUUGGUCCCUCCCUUGCUGAACAGGCCUUAAGGCUAAAAGCUGUUAAACUGGAAAAAGAAGUCCAGGAUUUAACACUGAGAUACCAGAGAGCCGUCGCUGACUGUGAAAACAUAAGGAGACGGACCCAGAGAUGUGUGGAAGACGCGAAGAUAUUUGGGAUCCAGAGCUUCUGUAAGGACCUCGUGGAGGUGGCAGACAUUUUGGAGAAGACUGCCGAGUGCUUUUCAGACGGAGCUGAACCUCAGGACCACAAGCUUACUCUGGAAAAAGUCUUCCAAGGGCUGUCCCUGUUAGAAGCAAAGCUGAAAAGUGUGUUUACCAAGCAUGGCCUGGAGAAAAUGGCACCCAUCGGUGACAAAUACGACCCUCAUGAGCAUGAACUCAUCUGCCACAUGCCAGCAGGCGUUGGGGUGCAGCCUGGCACCGUGGCAUUAGUUCGGCAGGAUGGCUACAAACUUCAUGGCCGCACCAUUAGACUUGCACAAGUGGAAGUGGCAGUGGAGUCUCAAAGAAGGCUCUGAACAGGUGACUGGAACCAAACCCUGUCCCAGAGCCAGGCACCUCUGUCUCCUUUAUUUAUUAAGCUGGUUUGUAUUAUACAUGAGGUCCUUCAUGUGCUCCACUUCGGAUUUAGUCACAUUGGCUGUGUCUCUGCAGUGUCUGAUGGGUUUAUGUGACCUGUUUGGUCUCAUCAGGAGUCCUGCCACUAGGCAUUUGAACAAUGUGACAAGUGUCAUGUGGCCUUUAUCAAAAUGUUUACAGAAAUCAUUUAAAUUGGUACUCUGAUGACUGAAUCCAGAAUCUUCUUACCUGUGUUUCCAUCUGCCUGCUGGAGCUAGGGCAGCAUCUGUAUCUUGAGUUUUUUGGGAAAGGGAAAUGGUGGGGACUGGUUUUGACAUUUAGGUACGUGGAUGAAUAAUGCCUUACCCUUGUAUAAAUUUAGAUCAUUUGGGCUGGAGUGGAGAGAGAUUUCCCAAGGCUCCUUUUUUAUUUCACAGUUCACUCAGUCAUCUCUUGUGCUUGUGUUCCCUUCUGGGUCACACUCACACUGUUUCAUAGCCACCCCUUUCUGGUCCCUUUUGGAAGGGCUGAAGGGUCAGGCCAGUCUUCCCUUUCUGUUGUUGGUAAGGUGAAUACGUUUAUCAUUAAACUAGUCUCAAGUCUAAGAACAGGCAAGCCCUGGUUGCCUUGACAACACAACCCAAUCCUGGAAACCAAAAGCCUCCAUACAUCUCAAGUCAGAGAAAUAGACUUUAGGGGCCAGGCAUGAUGGCUGUCAAUUCAAAAAUAAAAACAGAAUGCUAAGGUGGGUAAUUUUUUACAGUAUAUAAUUUACAUAGACGUGAUGCUGCUUGCCUCCCUUGCAUGGACUCGGAAGGGCCAUCCUCCUUUCUGGAUUAGGGUGUGGGGCUGCUUUGGAGAGAACAGGGAACUUCCUAUAGCAGCAGCAACAAAAAUAUAUAUAAAAUGAAUGUGUCCACAUUGUGAAA